AUGCACCUCUCCCAGCUGCUGGCCUGCGCCCUGCUGCUCGCGCUGCUCUCGCAGCGGCCCUCCGAAGCCAAGCCCGGGGCGCCGCCGAAGGUCCCGCGAACUCCGCCCGGCGAGGAAAGGACCGAGCCCCAGGCUGCGGGCGGCGGUCAGAAGAAGGGCGACAAGACUCCCGGGAGCGGUGGCGCCAAUCUCAAGGACGACCGGUCGCGGCUGCUCCGGGACCUGCGCGUGGACACCAAGUCCCGGGCGGCGUGGGCCCGCCUCCUGCACGAGCACCCCAACGCGCGCAAAUACAAAGGAGGCAACAAGAAGGGUUUGUCCAAGGGCUGCUUCGGCCUCAAGCUGGACAGGAUCGGCUCCAUGAGCGGCCUGGGAUGUUAG